AUGGGAUCUGGGCGCACUCCUGGCAGGCUGCAACCCAUCCUCGACCGUGCAGUAGAGACUGCUGCCGCCGCAGUCAACUCUACAGAUGAUUCCAUGGCCACUUUGAGGCCAAAUAUGUUUAGAACGGAACAUUUUCUUAAUAAAAAAGACAAAGUACUCUGUGUUCUUGUAGAACCUAACAGUGAAGACGCCAAGAAGCAUCUUGAAGAUAUGUCUUGGAAACAUUUCAAUAUGGCUGAAAGGGUGAAGUCAACCGAGUUCGUAACCAAACUUGUAAAAGAGCUCCAGGGACUGCAACAAGCAAAUGUGUCUCUGAGGAAUGUGGAGAAGCGACCCAGGAAAGACCUUCAAGAGAAGGAUAAUGAAUGUGCCAUUGCAGUCCGUCAUGGGGUCCUGGCACCCCUUCGCCACCGAAUCCUAAUGGACCUUGCGGAACAGGCAAUCUCCCGCUCAUUUACGAAAACGGAAUGGAAGAAACUCCUUGUGUCCCAACUGCCGACCUCUGAACUGGCAACAUGGAUCAAAAAGAAACUAGAAGAACAAGGAGAGCCUCACACUCCGUCAAUCAAGGAUCUCAUGUUUUUGUUUUUAACAAGAAAUUCUUUACGAAAGAAAGGAAACAAAGUCGCACAUCGUGCCACAAGGGCAGAGCUACGAGACGCAGUUCUGACUCUACCCCCCAAGAGCAAACAUAGACUUUUCUUAGAGUCACUAUUCCCUUCACAUUCAAACGGAAUUUGA